GCUGGAGGGAUGACAAAGCAGCCGUGGCGGCGGCCAGCCCUGCUCAGCCCUCCCCUUCCUUGUCCUCCUCCUCUUCCUCAGGCUGCCCAGCAGCGCCGCUGUUAUGGCAACCAGCCCGCCUCGCCGGAGGAGCCGAUGAUGGAGCAGCGGCCAUGGCCCGAGCGGCGGCAGGAGCAGCGGGAACCGAGGGCGGCGGCGGCGGCGGGAGCGGCGCGCGGGCCGCGGUGGCGGCGUCCGAGGAGCGGCCGUCGGGGGAGCCGGCGGAGCUGUCCCUGGAGGAGGUGCUGAAGUCUUACGAGCAGCCCAUCAACGAGGAGCAGGCCUGGGCCGUGUGCUUCCAGUGCUGCCGCGGGCUGCUGCAGCCCGGCCCCGUCGAGGAAGGCGCGCCCGAGCAGGAGGCGCGCCGCUGGGGGCCCGCCGGGCGCAUCCGCGACACCGCCGACAUCCGCCUGCACCGGGACGGCGCCGUCUCCGCCUGCGGCGAGUACGGCGUGGCCGGUGAGUGGGGCGUGAGCCGGGCCGAACGACCCACAAGGGCGGCGGCGGGCUGGAGCGAGGGAAGCCCCCCCCCCCGACUCGGGCAAAGCAACCUUCUCGUCGGUUUCUGCUGGGCUGUCCGGGAAAAAGCUUCAGGGACGGAGGCGCUUUGGAGGGACUGCGGCUGAGCGCUCGGCCCCUCCCCCGUCUUCUCAGCCCGCAGGGAUUAAGUUGGGGGGGGGAAAGCUUUUAGCUAGAGCUAAACGCACCGCGAGUGCUUGAGGGGGGAGAAGCAAAGAGGGCUUCUGUGUCCCGCAGUCCCGUAGCCACCCCCCUCUUCACCUGCCGGUCCCUACCUGAGAGGCUAGUGGGCGGGUGUGUCCAGAGCUCUAGACAUAACGGGGAGGUGGGGGGGACGAUUCCUUGGCAAGGGAAGAGCCAACAACUGAACUGCCGGGCUAGUACCCUCCUUUCCUUUCACCCUCAUUUCCUUAAAAAAAAAAAGUCUGGAAGUAUUCAUUGGUGAUUUGCUUUUGUGAUUCCUGUUUUAGAAUCUACUAAUAUAAUAGUGAAGCCCUCCAAGUACAUCUAAGCAUGUAUGUGUGUGUGGUUUUCCCCCCUUUCUGAGCCUGAGAUGUGUUCCAGGAGUAAACAAAAAAGUGUUAUGGUGGGAAGUGAAAUCUUGCGUCGGCAAGAUAAGGGGCAUGUAAAGACUCUCCAUUAAAAAAACAACAACCUGGACUUGUUGUUUCUGAAGGGCAAAAGGUUUUAACAAUUUGGUUCGUUCUGAAUAUCUCAAGGGAAGAACUGGAGGUGAAUUGUGGAUGGGGCCAGCCUUUCCCCAUGCGCUAACUUAAAGCUGUUUUCUUGGAGCCUGAAAGCAGCCUGUUCCCAAGUAGACAGAGGAAAUCCUAAAGGCAUCAAUCUGUCAGAUGUGAUGGCAUUUGAGGACGUCCUGUUUUGUAGGAGUUGGUCUCUGUGCAUUUUGUGUUCCUGCUGAUCCUUGCAUAUAAACAGACAAAACUUAAUUCUUUGGAAAGGAAAUUGAGCAGCAGAGAAGAAUUAAUGCAGGUUAAGUAAGCUGAAGGGACUGUUUUCUACAUGCUCUCACUUCUAUGAAUCAAAAGAUUGUGUGUGUGUGGUCUCCACUUGAAGGUGAAAGGCACUUAAACUGCAGGAAGGUAGAUACAAUAUCAUCAUGCUUUAAAACCAAACCAAACAAGCCUCCUAAUGGAAGACCCACCAGGUAUGUUGCAAUUGCCUUAAGCACUGCAAGGCUGUCCCAGGGCCAGCGCUAACAUGAGGGAAGAUGAAGCAACUACCGCAGGUGGCAAAUGCUAUGGAGUGGGUGGGGAGUGGGCAGAACUGUGUGUGCCCUACAGCCUGCUUAAACUAACUUGCUGCCUUUGAGUGCAAUUGUGGAAAUCUAAGAAAGCUGUCCGUCUGGUUGACUUUUGUACACAGGGGCGGGAAGGUGCAAUCUUGGCCAUCUCGGGCAGCAAAAUGUCUUGGACCACCCACACGUUGCUGUAGAAGAACAUUUUCCUUUUUAAAAGUUUUAACACUGUUUUAUUUGGAAAUUAAAGCUAUACGUAUUGUGAUAACAUGACAAUAUAUCAGCAUAUUAACAAAUCCUUAUCCAAAUUAAUUAUAUAAUUUUAUUAUGUGUUACCCAACCUAUUUGAAUGCUUUUCUUUUAAAGCAAACCUCUUCCCUGCCCCACCCCUCCCCCACUUGCCUGCUGUCACGCAAGUCCAAAGUCUAAGCUUCCCUGUGCACCUGCAAACUGGGUGGGGAUCCUGGAUUGUAGUAAGUCCUGGAUUAUCUUUCAUGUGUGAGCAAAGAGGUCAAAGUAUCUCCCAAGGGCACACUUCACAUCCUUGGUAUGUUUAUGAUGUGUGUAAUUACACCAACAGCCAACACAAAUCUGCUGCAAUUUGCGGAGUGUUCACACGUGCUAGCAUAAACACAAGCCAUUCAGUGCUUGAGUCACGCUGCUUGCCUUCAUCGUUUAGUACAUCCAUGCAAGGCAGGUGUAGAUGUUUAAGAGCUAUAGAUUCCGCCUUGUUAUUUGUCUCCAGGGUAGGGAAGUGUUUUGGCCCCAAGGGGUGAGCCAGGCCCUGUGUGGCCUCAGGGACAUCAAUGUUUGGGUGCUUAGCAUCUCACAGUCACCAGCCACACGGCAGGUGAUGAGAGAAUUGUGUAUUGAAUCACUGCAAAGCUGCUCCCUUUGUGGCUUCUCUGAAAUGCAGCAGAGGAUACGUUCCCACCAGCGAUGCACAUAACUAAUGCACGCACACAUUCAUUUAUGCUCUUGCAUGCAUCUCAAGGCUUGGGGCAGGCAGGAAGAGCUGCAGAAGACAUUUUACCUGGAAACCCACUGAAGGGUUUUGGGAAUCAAAUGUGAAAGCUACAAUACGUAUAAAACAUUAAAAACAACACGAUAUGAAAGCUAUCAGAACUAAAAGAGACAGGAUGUGUGAGACAUGAAAGUGGCAUGAAAGGGAAUUAAAAAGCCCAGGGGGAAAGGGGGGGCUUUGACUGGCAGCACUGAAAUGAUGUCAGUGAAGCCUGUGGAGAGCAUUGCACAGUCAGGAGGCCACCAGCAAGAAGGCCCUUUCCCCUGCAGCCUGUGGACACACCUUAGAUGACGGGGCAGCCAAAGGACAGCCUCUGCUGAAGGUCUUAGAGUGGAGUAUCUAGUGUGGUGUCCUCCAAAUGUUGUGGGACUUAAACUCUAAGCAGCCAGCAUGACCAAUGAUCAGAGCUGAUGGGAGCUGUAGUCCAACAUCUGGAGCACCACAGGUUCCCAAUUCCUGUCUUGGAGUAUGGGCAGGCAGGUGUUGAGAUGAGGUUUUAGACUACAACUCCCAUCACCCCAUCCAUUGUCUGCUGACUGAGGUUGAUAACAGUUGCAGUCCAAAAAUUCUGGAGGGCACCAGGUUAGCGAUGGAUGAUGUUGGCUUUACCAGUGAAAUGAAUGGAGGAAACUGACAUGCAUGUACCCUGGGUUCUCUUUCAGCUGCUUAUCUCUCUCAAUGGAAAAAAAAAUGCACUUCUUGCCUAGUUCAAACAAGCUGGGGACUUGCAGGUUGCCAUACUGCCAUGUUUCCUGUUGGAGGCAAAUUGCUACUUGAAUAUGAAAUUCAACCAAACCAAGGAGGUUCCAUCUCCUCAAACAGCUACUGCUCUUUAUCUCAGCCAUGCCAGUAAUUACUUAUAUUUUUGAAGAAUGUGUCUUGAAGUUAGGCUCCAGCUAUCAGGCAGCAACUUGUUCCUUUUGGUGUCCUGAGUUCUUACGUUGUUAACUUGGUGUUCUCAUCCAUAAGCAGAGGGUCUCUAAUGAAGCUGAAUGUUGGAAGAUUCGAAACAGACAAAAGGAAGUGCCUCUUCACACAGCACAUGGUUAAAUAAUGGAAACCGCUCCCACCAAGGGCAGCAAUGGCCACCAACUUGGAUGACUUUGAAAAAGGAUUAGACAAAUUCACAGAAGUAAAGACUAUCAAUGCCUGUUGGUCACGAUGGCUAUGUUCUGCUUGCACUAUUGGUGGGUGCAGUAUUGCUCUGGGUACCAGUUGUUGGGAAUCACAAGUUGUGAGGAUGCUAUUGCACUCAGGUCCUGCUUACUAGCUUCCCAGAGGCAUCAGCCUGGCCACUGUGAGAACAGGAUACUGGAUUAGGCGGGCUAUUGCCCUGAUCCAGCAGGAUCUUAUUAUGUUCUUAUGUGUGCGCUGCACAUAUAUAUACUUACCACCCCCUCGGUUCCCUUUAUGCAUCGGAUGAAUCCUGUUGUCCACAAAAGCUCUUGACUUCACAGCUUUAUUCUGUGCUCUGUCCCCUGAAGCUCCAUUCCCCACUUAAGGUAGGUCUGUGGUGGAUGGAAAUAAGAGGCAGGAUGAGCAUGUCUGUCUGACACUCAUGUGCUUUGUACGGAACUUGUGUCAAGAGGGAAGGGCCAUGGCUCAGUGGAAGAACAUCUGCCUUGCAUGCAGAAGGCCCCAGGUCCCAUUCUCUCCUCACCAUCUCCAGGUAGGGCUGGGAAUGUCCUCUACCUGAAACCCCGGAGAACCAGGUCUAUGUAGAUUAUCCUGAGCUAGAUGGACCAAUGCCAUGGUCUGAUUCUCAGCAAAAGGCAGCUUCCUAAGAGUAAUUCACAAAGAAUUGAGGCAGCAAUAUCAUGACUUCAUCUCUGUGUGUGUGUGUGUGUGUGUGUGUAUAUACGUCCCUUUUGUGUGUGACUCUCCUGUUGUGCAGCUGAAGAAAUAACAAUGAGGAUGUGCCUACAUGCGAAGAAUUGAGAUGUUCUCAACUUCAAAGCCACUGUCCUGUUGUCUAAAUUUGACAACCUUAUUGUCCUAAGCUUCAUAUAUCUGAAUCAGUUUGGCUGCUGCUACUUUACCAAUCCUCACCAACAGGCACCGAAAUCCUUUCCAUUGUGCUCAUCCCCCAGAAAGCACUUCACAAUCCCACAUGUUUUGACAUCUCUCUGGUGUCUGCAAAGGCAGGUAGCAAUUCUAUUUCAAAAUUCUAACUCUUUCCUGCUAAUCCCAAGAGAAUGAAAUAUAGGAAGGAAUGCAUGGGGAAGGUAAUUGUUUUCUGUUUUGAUGUUCUUUGUCAUGUAUGAAAACUCUGAAAGAAUAAGAGAUGCCUGGAGGGACAAAGCAGAAUGGAACCUUUUGCCUUUGUCCUUGCAGGGGCUGCAGCUGGUUGCGUUGGAGUCUUUGCAGGAGUAGCUAUUGCUGAUCUGCUUGUUCUGAUAAUAUUUACUUAGAAGCAUUGCACAGAGUGCCUUAAAAACUGGUCUGCCCGGUUCUGGGCUAUACAUAGCCUAGCCUAUGAUUGUCAGCAGCUACUAAAGGGUCACUGACUUCUUGACCUUCAACCAACGAUGCAAAGCGAAGGUGACUCUUUUGGUGCAUUUAAAUCAUUCCAACGCAAGAGCUCUCUCUCUCUGCCCACAGGCACCACUGAUGUUUUAGUGGGGAGGAGGCCAAGAAUUGCAUCAGUUUAAUGGUCCCUGAAGGAACACGGUGAUGAACAGUAGCAGUAUAUAGCAAGGAAUCUUUGCUGCAGUAGAGAGAAGCUCAAUUCCUAGCAUGUUACUUUCCAGCAUCCAUGGUAUCCUGAAAACCUUGCUUGAUACAGCUAGGGGUGCUUCCAGAAGGACAUUUCUUAAAAAUCAUAUAUGGGAAGUUCAGAUUUGAUUUCUAUGUGUGUGUGAGUCGCACAUUGCUUCCCACAAUUUCCCAUCCACAUUAGAGCUUGAUGGGAUGUAUCUGUGCUGAGCUGCUUUGCUCCUCCUCUCUGCCCCCUGUCCCUUUUCUGUUCUGAACAUAAGAAGAGCCUGCUGGAUCAGAUCAGGGGCCCAUCUAGUCCAGCAUCCUGUUCUCACAGUAGCCAACCUGAUGCCUGCAGAAAACCUGCAAGCAGGAGCUGAGCAGAAGAGCAUCUUCCCCUCCUGUGGUUUCUAGCAACUGUUACUUGGAAGCAUUUCUUCCUCCAGUUGUGGAAGCAGAGCAUAACCAUCCUGGCUAGUAUCCUCUGAUAACCACCCUCCUCCGUGAAUUUGUCUAAUACUAUCUGAGAGCCAUUCAAGCUGGUGGACAACAUCGCUGCCUCCUGUGGGAGCAAGUUCCUUAGUUUUAACUAUGCACAGCAUGAAUAAGGCCUGAUUCUUUUGGACACACCUGCAGGUAUUUUUGCAUCGGUGUGCACUUCUGGAAAAAAACCAACCCACUGGAAGUGUGCAAGAUCAAAUGUAACCUUCCUUUAGUUAUCACGCUUAACAGUAGUUAAAAUGCAGACUUGUGGGGGACUUCCGGGUUAGCGCCAUCGGCGAAUGGCGGAGUUCCUCCGACCGGAGGAACUGGCUCCGUGGAAACUGGGUCUUCCCGCCGCGGCGAAGGUGGGGACCCGCUAGAAAUCCCAGGCGGAGGAAGCCUGGGAACGUGGGGUUCGGCAGGGCACCAGGAGCGCCCCCUACUCACGGGGAACCCCUUUUUGGGAUUCCGGAGUGAAGUGGGGUGAGCGGCGCGGUGCUGCGAACUGACUGCUACUUUCACGGAGUGAAGCCGCACAGCCAUCGCUGGAGAGCGCUGACUUUUUCCUGUGGACAAUUGGAUUUAAAACAAGUACCCGUGAGUAGAAAUGGAAAAUCGGAUCAAGAAAUAUCUUAAUUUGACAUCGAAGCGGGAAGGUUCAAAACAGGAAGUCCACCUUCCGCUUUUUGUAUAUAGACUGAAGCAAAAACCUUGUAAGCUAAAGCUUGGAAAGUCGUUUAAAAAGCCUAAAUUUCCUUCAUUUAUAACUACUGAAACCCCCUUGGAAGCAGGAGAAAAGGGGGGGGGGCUUUGUGUAAUGCCUGCAGGAGAGGGAGUGAAGAAAGAUAAGUUUCCACUGUCUCUAACCUGGGAACGGGGUGUCAGAGACAGAAAUUGUUGGAGAGGUUCAUUGACUGUGAAUGGAAUACUUUGACAGAUAGCUAAAGAAGAGAAAUAAACUGAUUCCAAUGUUGCCUUUUGCAUUCUAAAGAAACAAAAUAUCUGAAAAAUGAAAGUAAUUUUCCUUUGUUGGACUUGCCUUAAAAAGAUGGAUACAAAUAGAAAUUGUCUCCUCUAGAGGGAGCUUGCUAAAUUGUUGCUGCAGUCUAUUUGAGGACUCCACAGCUGUGAGAUUGAGAUCGUGGGAUUAGUCCUUUUGACCUUGACUAAAUAUGAGCUGGGAGGAAGUUUUGGUGCUUGCUUUAUGCAAGACAAGUGCUUUGUUGGAACAGAUGCAUGAGAAGAUGGAUUUGAUGAAUGAGAAAAUGGAUUUGAUGACUGUUGUGGCCAAUAACUGUGAACAAAUAGUGAAUAGUGAUACAGAAACCAUCCAGGGACCAACUCAGGAACCUGUAUUGAUUGGGCAAGUGCAGAAGAUAAUGGAGGAGGCUGCGGUUGCACCUCAAAUAAUACAAAUGGAGAGACCCAAGGCCCUACAGGAGCAUAAGCCGCUGUUUUUGAAGAUUGAAGUUGGAGUGGGCCAGGGGGAGUCUGGAGCUGAGGAGGCUCUUAACUUUGGAGAGACUUCGAAAUAUGUUCGUAAAUAUUUUUUGGAUUAUAUUGAUGACUGUGGGGAGUGGGACUGUGGGGAAUGGGCUGGUUUGAUGAAGGAAGAUGGAGAUAAAUUUGGGUUGGAACCCCCCAGAGACCUACUCCUCAAUGAGAAAGGAAAGAAAUUAAGAAAGAGACCAACAAAAGACAAGGAAAAGUGCGAGUAUAAACAAGAAGAAGAAGAUCUGCAGAAGGGACAUGGAAGAGACUUAAGGGCCUCGGACAUAAGACUUCCAGGUUGAUGGACUAGAUGGAAUGGACAGUAAGGACUGACACGACCCGAGACCAGGAAGAAGAGACGUUGGAUGAAGAUUGGAAGAAAAUUUAUAAAGAAAAUUUUUAUUUAGGGAAUUAGCCUAAAAUUAAUGAAUAUUAGGGAAUAUGUUGGAAUGUAACUAUAUGACUCUAGUAGAAAUGAUAUCAGGAGCUAUGAAUAACUGAGUACAAGUUUCAAGUUUUAAGGUAUUUUAUGGUAAGAUAAGGUUAAAUAAAUUAAGGUAAUUUGAAUAACAGAAUAUGGGGAAAGAUGGAAAGGAUCUGUCGAGUUAAUUAAUAGGUUAAAUUGUUAAGAUAAAUUAUUUAAUAAAAAUUGAGAAAGAUGGAAAGAAUUUGCUGAAAUAACUAACUAAACUAGAAUACAAAAAGGGAGGUGUGAGGAGGUCAACGAACCAAGCAAAUGGAAGUUAAAGAUAUGUAAUAUGGGAUUUGUGUCUUUUUUAUUCUUCUUUUUUAUUUUUCUUGCUGUAUUGUUGUAUUGGUUUUUAUGUUUUGCGUUUUUUCUUCUUUUUAUGUAUUGUAGUGUUGUUUUUUAUUUUUUAUUUUUUUUCUGUAAUUCUGAAAUUAUUAAUAAAUAUUAUUUUUUAAAAAAAUGCAGACUUGUGCUUUUGAGGAGGGUGCAACUUUUCCCAUUAUUUAAAAAAUAAUCUUAAUGGCGAACCCUUGCACAAGAACAACGUUUAGCUACAUCAGUCUGCAGUUUGAUUUGGUGAAGGUGUGAUGGGUAACAAUAUCAAAUAAUAAUAAUAAUAAUAAUAAUACCCAGUAGGCCUCUGUAACCAUUAACAACACAACCACCUGUCUUCCUCAGCCCACCCCAAAACAGAGCAGCAAUUAAAUACUGGAACAAAGAGUCUUGUGCAAGACCAGCACAUAAUUUUGCGAAGUGUUUUAAGAUCUUGAUGUAUGGCACUUUCUGCAUGUCCCCUGCAUGUUCUGUGUGGAGAUUCUGAGAGAGCAGUUCCUCUGAAAUCCAGAGGAUUUCCUGUUGAAAUCCAGAUGUGCUUUCAGUCUGUGGAAGGUAGGUAUGCCUGCAGAUUGUGCUCACGUAAGGAGCAAAUGGAAAUAGGGGCAUGGCAUUAGAAAAAGGCUACUCAAAGUGGUGGUCCACAGAAUAGUGCCAGUCCAUAAGCCAUCAGCUGCCAGUCUAUGAAAACCUCAUCACAACUCAAGUUGGGUGAGAUACCCCAGGGACCAAUAUGGUGCUGGUUUCUGACACAUUGGGGCGGGGGGGGGGUAGGAAUUGCUGGUCUGCCGCAUCAGAUAGUUUGAGAAGCAAGACUAAAUUCUGUUACAAAUGACUGGGUUGGUUCCACACCCCUUAUCUUUUUUCCUUUGUCCAUCAAAGAGUUCUGUAAAGCUCUAAACCUUGCUUAUAUCUACUUCAACCUAAUUUAAAUAUACUAUUUACAUACUAUCUCCUGCCCUUUUGAGACCAACAGAGAAACUGUAGUGACUGAAUUUCCAUGUUGGGGACAUUUUAAUGCCAAAUGCAAAGAGAAAUAUUUCCUGCUUAGCCUCUGCAGUUCCUCUUUCAGGGACUGGUUGAUAAUGGAACUGGAGUCAAUAAGUUAAAAACCAAGGUUUUAGAGAAAAAUUUAACACCAAUGUAGAGAGAGAGGUUUCAGAAUGAGACAGGUUUAACAGUGGUCAAGAAAGUUAAAUACCUGGGGAUUAACAUGACAGCAAAAAACGGGAAUUUAUUUAAAGACAACUAUGAAAAAUGCUGGGCUGAAGUGAAAAAAGAUUUAGAAAUCUGGUCAAAUUUGAAGCUUUCACUGUUGGGUCGUAUUGCUGCGGUAAAAAUGAAUGUGUUGCCUAGAAUGUUGUUUUUGUUUCAAACAUUGCAAAUUGUGGACAAAAUGGACUGUUUCAAGAGGUGGCAGAGAGAUAUCUCUAGAUUUGUCUGGCAGGGCAAGAAGCCUAGAAUAAAAUUUAAAAUAUUAACAGAUGCAAAGGAAAGAGGUGGAUUUGCCCUGCCAGACUUUAAACUUUACUAUGAAUCAGCAGCCUUUUGCUGGUUGAAAGAAUGGCUGCUUCUUGAAAACACUGACAUUUUGGAUCUAGAAGGUUUUAACAAUGUAUUUGGAUGGCAUGCAUAUCUGUGGUAUGAUAAGAUCAAAGCACAUAAAGCAUUUAAAAACCAUAUUGUCAGGAAAGCAUUGUUUAAUGUUUGGAUAAGAUACAAGGAUUUAUUGGAAAACAAAACCCCAAGGUGGCUGUCACCGAUGGAAGCGAAAGCUCUGAAAAAGCUCAAUAUGGAGGCCAAAUGGCUGAAAUAUUGGGAAAUUUUGGAACAAGAUGGAGAUAGACUGAAAUUACAGAGUUUUGAAAAAUUAAAAAAACAAAGUGCGAGACUGGCUUCAUUAUUAUCAGAUAAUGGAGGCAUAUAAUUUGGACAAGAAAAUUGGCUUCCAGGUGGAAAAAUCAAAAUUGGAAACAGAACUGUUAGAACCCAAAACUAAGAAUUUGUCAAGAAUGUAUAACUUGCUGUUGAAAUGGAAUACUCAGGAUGAAACGGUGAAAUCUGCUAUGAUUAAAUGGGCACAAGAUGUUGGACAUAACAUAAUGAUGGCUGACUGGGAACAGUUAUGGACCACAGGUAUGAAGUUUAUGGCAUGUAAUGCCUUAAGAGAGAAUAUUAUGAAAAUGAUAUACAGGUGGUACAUGACACCAGUCAAGCUUGCAAAAAUCUAUCACUUGCCCGAUAAUAAAUGUUGGAAAUGUAAAGAAACCGAAGGUACAUUCUUUCACCUUUGGUGGACGUGCCCAAGGAUUAAGGCUUUCUGGGAGAUGAUUUAUAAUGAAAUAAAAAGGGUAUUUAAAUAUACCUUUCUGAAGAAACCAGAGGCCUUUCUCCUGGGCAUGGUCGGCCAAAUGGUGCCAAAGAAGGACAGAACUUUCUUUAUGUAUGCCACAACAGCAGCAAGAAUACUUAUUGCAAAGUAUUGGAAGACACAAGACCUACCCACUCUGGAAGAAUGGCAGAUGAAGGUGAUGGACUACAUGGAAUUAGCGGAAAUGACUGGCAGAAUCCGAGACCAGGGAGAAGAGUCGGUGGAAGAAGAUUGGAAGAAAUUUAAAGACUAUUUACAGAAAUAUUGUAAAAUUAAUGAAUGUUAGAAUGAUGUUGGAAUGAAGCUAGGUGGUUUAAGCAGUAAUGCUAUAAAGGUGUAUGUAAAAAAGGAUUGAUAACAGAUGAAAAUUUAAAGUUAUAGUAUAUUAAGUUAAAGAAUCAUGAGAAAACAAAGAGGGAAAGAAAUUGCUGACUUAACUAAUUGAACUGGAAUACAAAAAAGGGAGGUAUGAGGAGGUCAGGGAAACAAGGAUAUGAAUGUAAGUUAUGGAAAGAUUGAUUCAUUUUUAUUUUUAUUUUUAUUUUCUCUUUAAGUGUCUUUUAUUCUUUUUUCUGUAUUUUGUAUUUUGUAUUUUCUUGUACUUUUACUUUUUGUUUUUGUGUAAUUCUUGUAUUCUCUGAAAUUUUAAUAAAUAUCAUUUAAAAAAAAAAAGAUAAUGGAGCUGGAGUCAAGGGUGAAUUGUGAUAUAUGAGAGACACUAGGAACUGAGAGAGGGGCAAAUCCGUUCACCAGCUGACUUUGUGCCCCUUUUACAAGGAUGCAAAUCUGAGCUGCUGCUACUUUCUUUGCAUGUCUGGGUUUUUUUAAAGUUCUUCUGCCACAGAAUUGCUGUGUAGUGCUGCCUACGGAGAUGUUUAGGAGAUGCCUUAAUUUCUCUGAAAUGUCUCGGAGUUGCUGAGAAUCUGCUGAGUCUGUUAGACUGCGCUUUGCUGAUGCGGCUGCCCUAGCAAGUUAUGCCUCUUUAACAGCUUUUGCUCCUGUUGUCCUGCUGAUAAAUGGAAUACAGGACACUUGCUCCAUUCAUGUGGCUGUAUGAAGCCAUGCUCUGCUUUCUUCCAAUGCAAGGCAGCCAAUCUGGUGCAGCUCCAGAUAUUUUGGAGUACGAUUCCCAUCAGCCCCAAGGAGGAUGGGACCUGUGCAGUCCACAUCUGGAGGGCAGCAUGUUGCCUCCCCCCACCCAUCCUAGAGGUAGGGCAACCUUCCCCAGCCUGGUGGUCUCCAGGUAUUUCAGGCUACAGCUCCCACCUGCCCCAGCCAGGACAGCCAUUUCCUACUAUAAUACCUCUCAGCCGUGAUGGGAGUUGUCCAAAAUAUUUAGAGGGCACCAGCUUGGGGAAGGUUGUAGUAUUUGCAGAAUUUUGAGUGCAUUGAUCGUUGGCUAUGGAAGUACCUCUAAACAGAGACGGCUUAUUUGAGCCUUCUUUCCCCAGCACCUCUUGGACAGAGCGAUGAUGGGAAGGCACUUAAACAGAAAUAACAAUAGGCUAUAUUGUUCUGAUUUAUAUCCUCUGACCUUUGCCCAUAAUAUUCCUCAGAGCGGCUUACAAUCCUUUUCAGUAUACAGUAAAAACAACUUUUUGUUGUUGUAAGAAGCGCUGCCACCACUACCACCACCAGGACUACCCUUCCUCCACCACCUGCAGCCAAACAAACCCCAAACCAGUCUAAACAGCAUUGGGCAGCCCUGCAGAAAGCAUCCUCGACCUCUGUGCUACACAUGCUAAAAGAGAAGGAGAGCUUCACCCUUCAGCGUCACUGGAGACAAGAGGCACUUGUGUGGGCCAGGUUGACCUCUCUGCAGGGCAGCCUAUAAGUGGCUCAUUGAUUGGGGAAAUGGCAGGAAAUGGGGGUCUGAGCUCCCUCGGGUCACAGGGGGCAUGACAGCAAAGUGGCUCUGAAGCACUGCGGACAAUUAUGGAAAAUGGAGCAGGAGGAGCCUGGCUUAAAACCUGCUCCAUUUAGUGCACUUCCUCCCCCCCCCCCAUAAGUCUCUGCAUUCAUAAAUGGCAGGUUCUCUGAGGACUAUCGUCCCCAAGUGGGUGAAUUUAAUGGCCUGCCUUUUCAGGGCUAAUUUCUGUCUUGCCAAAGAUGCACUUGGAAAAACACUUUCUGCCCCAGAGAGCCUUUUAUUUGCCUUUUUGACUGUUGGUGCACCAGCUGCCACGUGUCUUUUUUCUGUUUUGUUUCUUUUCCAAACUCCCACCACUCAUGCAUUUUUGCUUCUUCCCCUCCCACCUCUUGAUAUUUGGCGUUCACAGCCUGUCCCUUGCAGAAGAGGAGGAGGCUGCUGCUGCUGCUGCUGCUCUUUUAAUGUUCACAGGCAAACCCUGAUUGUUCAUGUUUCAUGUGUACACUUGAGCCUGAUCUACAGGUGCAGCAGACAGAGACUUUCAGCCAUGCAGACUUCCACCACCCCUUCUUUACCUGUGUGGCUCUCCAUGAUGAUUCACUGCCAGCCAGCCAGGACUGAAGAAGGCAGUACUUAAAAGGCACAUUUGGGCUUGGAGAAGGAGUAGUGUGUGCUGGUGUAUAAAAUAGAAAAUCAUCAUCAGUACAAUGACAAGCCAUAGUUCUCCCUCACCAUGGAGGGUAAAGCAAUAAUAAACAAGGGUUUGUAAUUAUUAUAAUACCUCAAGGCAGCUUACUAAUAACAUAGGAACAGCUAAAAACAUAGCAGGGUGAGAGAGUCAUUAAAAACAUUUAAACACCAGUAGAAUCAAAACUAUAUAUGAACAUAAAAGAUUCUAAAGGAACAGGAAAAGAAAGAAGAUUUUUUUCCUAUCUGACCAAUGAAAAGAGACUUAAGGGGAAACUGAUGAGAUCUCAAGUCCCCAUAAAAAUAGCUACUGGUUAGUUAGUUUUUGUUUUAAAGAGUUUGGGGGAGAGAGAAGCAUUACUGGCCAGUUGGCUUGGAUAGGGUUUCCCAGUCUUAAAUCAGCUUGCCUUGGGACAGAAACUGUGGCUUUGGGGAAAGGGGAAUACUACUUGUUGCCCUCUGACCAUAAGAGAUGUGAGUGUUUUUUAUGUCACUGUGGUACAGUCUGGCCUGCAUCAGGUAAUGUGUUGCAUGCAUGAUUCUGUGAGCAUCCCAGUGUGGUAGCUGAGCCAGCCAUUCAUUUUCUUUAAGAGAGCUGUGGCUUUGGCACCACCACCCUUAAUGCAUUGAAAUAUUAAUCUCUUUCCCUUGGACUUGGUUCUUAAGCUGUCCUGUAGGCCUCUUUGGACAGUGUCUACAGCACCCUUUGAAUUUCUGUCUAGUCUGUAGUAGCAGGGAAUAUGGGCUCCUGCUUUGAUAAGGGAAGGAGGCUGGGUUGGAAUCCUACAAAGGUGCCCAGGUGAAUCUGGGCCCUUUGAGUCUGGCCUGGCUCUUGUGGUUGGGAAGAGAGUGUGUAUAUGUGGGGCAUGCGAACGACAAGGCAUGUGAAUAACAGCCCUAACUUGAAAAUAUGGGAUAUUGCAGCAAUCUUAAUGGUGUCAUUUUCCUCUUGCAGAGCUCCCAUUGACUUUGACACCCUCUGCUGAAGCACAGGUACGUUGUCAAUUCCCUCCUAGGAAGUAAGGAGUCACUGAAACUUGCCCCCGAAAGCCAGCAUUAUUGGAUCAUUCUGGUGACCUGCUAGAAAGCUUUUAUCUCAGCAUGUGGGUGAAGUCAUUCUGCCUUCAGCCAGAUCAGUGCAGAAAACCUCAGUCUGCUAAGAACGUAAGAGCUCUGGAGCUGGAUCAGGCAAAAGACCCCACCUUCUGGUAUUAUGAGAGAGAGAGAGAUAUGCCUUCUGCAGGCCAUGCCUUUCAUUUAAAAGCUCCUAUCAUGCCUUUCCAACUUUAUGUGAAUGAAAGCGCUUUAAAGUGGUGCAAACAGAACCCUUCUGAUUCCGAGUGAUUUCUGUGUGUCCUCCUCCUGAGAAGACCUCUGGGAGACGCUGUUUCCUCUCCCUCCCCCCCCCCUUCCCAAACUCAAAGCAGCUGCAGCUCCACCAUCAGCCCAUCUCUCCUGGGUGCCUGUCGCCUUGGUAGCUAAGCCCAAACAAUGAAUAAUUCACAAAUGCUGAAGCAUAACUAUAUUUAAUGAGCUAUCCCAGGCCAAAUUAAGUCCCUCCUUGAUCCCAUUAGAAAUGGCCUAAAUGGUAACUGGGAGACUGGAGUAGUUUGGCUUCAGAUGGACCGAGAACCAAAAGCAGCCAGCAAGGGAGAUCCUUUGGCAGGUGCCAUGCACCUGCUGCAUCUGGUUUGGAGAUCUUACAAGGUGGAGUUUAGGCCCUUUUUAUCUCUUUGCACACCCUGAACAUGUGUGUCUCCCUCUUUCCCCACGUCCUCCUCUUGGCCUCCACAGCUCAGCUCAACUUGACAUGACAGUAUCUUUGUUUUUCUUCUAUCAAUGUACACCUCUUCCCUUUAUGGCUGCCCACCCCCCACUCAACUUUCCCACAGGGGAAGGAAGCCAGCUAACAGUGCAGCUUCUGUUUCUGCUCAGAGACUUUUGGCUCUCCACAUCAACCCUGUUCCCUGCGGGGGGCUCACAUUCCCCUUGACUUCUAGAUAAUGGAGCCCUGGUGUUCAUGGUGCAGAGAGCAAGGAAAACAGGAGGGGGGCCAGAAUGCACAUCUUUGUUUGGGAAAUAAAAUGAAUUGUUUUAAAAAAUCAUUUCAGUAAAUCUCCAAUACAGUGGUACCUCGUGUUACAUACACUUCAGGUUACAGACUCCGCUAACCCAGAAAUAGUACCUCAGGUUAAGAACUUUGCUUCAGGAUGAGAACAGAAAUUGUACUCCGGCCGCGCAGCAGCAGCAGCGGGAGGCCCCAUUAGCUAAAGUGGUGCUUCAGGUUAAAAACAGUUUCAGGUUAAGAACAGACCUCCGGAAUGAAUUAAGUUCUUAACCUGAGGUACCACUGUAAUACCAAUAGUAACAACAAGAACAGUAUACAACACAAUACCUGCAACUAAGUGUUGCAGUAUAUCCUCCCUCUCAAAAGGAGUGCUCCUGUUCAGAGUUCCAGCCAGAUACUGCCUCUGAGAAGGGCAUUCCACUCCCCACUCCCCCGACAUGGCACCCAGGGAGCACUGCCCCCCGCCCCCCUCCACUUGCGACUCCACUGGCUACAUGUAGCCACAUCUUCUGUUGAUUUGUCUAAUCUGCUAUGAAAGCCAUUCAAGUUGGUGGCCAUCACUUAAUCUUGUAUCCUAAUGAUACAAUCUCACCUAAACAACCUUUUUGCCUUAACCACCUGUGUCCGUUUGCUUGCAGAUGGUGCAGUCUCUCGGCUUUGCGAUCUACCGAGCGCUGGACUGGGGUCUGGAUGAGAAUGAGGAACGAGAGCUCAGUCCUGAACUGGAGCGGCUUAUUGACUUGAUGGCCAACAGCGAUUCAGAGGACAGUGGCUGUGCCACGGCAGAUGAAGGCUAUGGCGGGCAGGAGGAGGAAGAGGAGGCUGUGGCGGAGGGCACCCUGAGGGCCGUGUGCACCUUCAGCCAAGCCAUGCGGCUAUGUGCUAUGCGCCUCACCCAGCCCCAGGAAGCUGAGGCCCACUACCAGGCUGUCUGCAGAGCCCUCUUCCUGGAGACGGUUGAACUCAAGGCUUUUCUGGCCAAGAUUCGCGAUGCCAAGGAGGUGAGCAUUGCAGUGGGCUGUGUUGCUCUUGCCACAUGGGCAUUGAUGAGAGGGCAUGCAUGGCAGCAUCAGCGCUGCUUGACCCCAAGAAGGAGCAUGCGUGCGCUUGUGACAUGUUGUCUGCUUGCUAGGGGUAUCAGAGAUUUCUGUUGGAGACGGGAAUGGAAACGGCUGCUGUUCUCUUGUUCGUCCCAUGCCCAGAAUGGAAAUCAAUCUAUUGCAUAGAGUCUAUAUUCACUACUGGCACUUCCAGUCCACAAAUGAUGCAUAGUCUAUUGCUCUCCCCCACCCCAAUUUGCAUUGCAUUUCCUUUGCACUGAGAUGAAUGGGCUGGAAUAAUGUGACUACUAAAGAGCUUAUAUAUUUUAUGUAAUUAAUCCCACUACCACCGACAUUGAAACCAUAAUGCAGUUUUCGGUAGAAAACAAACUGCAGCAGAAAGGAAGCAGUGCUGCUUGUGAUGAAUGUAGGGUGGGACGUAGCCCUCUUGCGUCCCUACUAUUCACAUGGCAGCUUGGAGAGUUACACAGUGACAUGUCUCUGCCUGCAAGGAACUAACAGUUUUAAAAAUGCCAUAGGGAAAACAGAGAAAGGGAGAGUCAAGGGAGGAAAGGAAGAUUUGGGGCAAACAGCAAACUACAAGCCUUUAGCUUGUUUGGAUUUAAGGACAUGCUCCAUACAUGACAGCAUUGCAGCUUUGUUGGAAGAUGCACUCCAUGGAUGACGGCGUCCCUGCUUUUUACCUGAAGCUGCAACAUGGAUAAGCUUCCUACACAGCAGCUAGAGGAAGGAUAAGGAUGCUCCAAACCCUGCACACACCUGUAUCUGCAAAACAGUGACCUUGUUGCUCUGGGAAGGGGAGGCAUCAAUUGUCUGUAGAGCUGCAGCUGUUGUUAAAGAGGCUGUUUUCUGCCUCAUUGAGCUUAUGAGGCUGCUCCUUCUGCCUGUCAGCCUGAUGAUGGCACCUGUGUGUCCCAGCUUGGUCUGUGUGCAGGCUGCCUAAGUUGUGAUGGGUAAGCUGGUGGCAGUUGCAGAACAGGGUAGAUGGGGAUGAUGAUCCUGUGGGUGUCGGAGAAGGGAAGCUGUGAUCUGGGCUGGAGCACAAAGGAGGUGGCUGAGUAGUUAACGGCACCUGGGCUGGGGAAGACGGACUCAGUGGGGACUGACUUCCCUACAUCCUCGUGCAUUGGUGAUGCAUGUUGCAAUUCCUAGUUGCUGGCAAGGGCCAAUUUUCUUAAAAUGUCUGGGGUUCCCUGGCUUUUGUUCUGUUGGGCUUUUUUAGUUUGUUAAAGCAGUAGUAUCCUUUUGAUAGUUAACAAUCUAAGGCUGUGAUCACACCAUACAUUUAAAGUACACACACCCUCUCAGCAACCCCCUGCCGAAAUAAUCCUGGAAACUGUAGUUUAUCCCACAGAGAACUAUAAUUCCCAGCACCCUUAACAAACUACAACUCCCAGGAUUCUUUGGUUGGGUUGGGGAACUGUGCUUUAAAUGUAUGCUGUGUACACAGCCUUAGUCACUAAGCUUGCUGAUUAAUGAACAAUGACAUUUCCCACCUUGCGCAGACUUUCCAAGAAUUCCAGGGGAGGGAGGGGAGAUGGAGAGAGUAGGCAGUGGGCCACAUCCUGAUGCACCACUUGUCCUUCCUUCUCUACCCAGUUCCUGGUCUCUCACGUGCAGCCCAUCCCAAUUGUGUAAACACAGAUCCUUCCAUGAGAAUUAGGCACUUUCCCUACUUCCUUCAGCUGUUUCCUUGUAUAGACUCUAGCUGGGCUGUUGUAAAAAACCAGCAGCGACAGCACCUCCUUCUGGCCAGUAUCUCUGAUCGGCAGCAACCUCUAACCUACUGAGCUGCCCUUGUAGAAUCUCAGGGAAGCUUUUCUUCUGGGAAUGGGCGGAGCAGCAAUUUGCAUUCCUCUCAUUCCAAAGGUUCUAAAUGACACACCUGCAAAGAGACAUCACCUGUCUCCUGGGAGGAAUAAAGGAGGGCAGGCAGGCAAUGCUUUCACCUGGCUCUUCCAGCACAAAAUAAUAAGUGACAUCCUUGUGGGCUUGUCUCAUGGGCGGAAACCUAUUAAUGCUAAUUAACUCGUUGCUAAUUAAUAACUCUACAGCCAAACAGUUCAGUAGGGAUCAUGAGCUACUCUAGGAAAUGAUUUCAUGGAGACCCAGAAUUCCUCCUGGCACAUUUUUGUCUCUCUGGAGGGGUGAAGUCUGGCCAUCUCUGCCCUUCCUGGGGAUGAAAUGUAACACAGCUCUUCACAGCCACUGUCCUUAAGUCAGGGAUGGAGAAUGUGUGUGUCUGUCAGUUGCUGUUAGAUGCCUAACUCCCAUCAGCCCAGUGGGAGUUAUUAUUAAUAUAUUAGAGGACUUAGUCGUUAAUAAGAUAAAUGCCUUGUUUACCACGGCCUCUGCCUGUUCCAUCUGUUUGCAGUAGAAAUAUGAUGUGGGUUUCUCUAGCAGGAGCUGACAAAAAUACAUUGCAGAUUUGUUAACUGGAAAUAACUGUUUGUACGAUCGCAUCCCAGUAAAGCAGCUUGGUGGCUGUAGGACGCCAAAAAUAUGACCCUAUGGCAAUUAGUAGUGUCUUUUUGGGUGGUGGAUCUCAGCAGAUUUCACAUCCUGACAGAAUCUAGAAAAACUAACAAGUCCCCCUGGGCUGUUGGUCAAAGGGCCUGUAUUCCACUGCCACUCUCAUUGGUGACACUCUCUGGGGAGAUGGCUGAGUGGCCUGUGCAGAAGGAAAAGCUAGCCUGUUUUUGUUUCUUGUGGUGUGCAGAUGCUGACGAAGCUGAAGGAUGAGGACGAGAAGCUGACAGACCGAUCAGCUGCAGAUCUAGACAACCUGAGGAACACAGACUGGGUACAGAGUGAUGGGGGUGGGUGGGAUGGGGGAGUGUCGCCUGGAUAAAUGGCUCUGGGCUAGCCCCAGUGGGCUAACCAUGGCAAGAGCUUCAAAGCUGGCCAGUCAACUUCAGUUUCUUUUCCUUGGACUAAUCCUGGGGCUGCCAGGAGAGGCGCCCUGCAUGCUGGUCCUGCUAGGUGUGGCAUCAAUUGCUACUCAAGCUUCACCUGCUCCAAAUUGGGGAAGAUUGCAAGGAGGGAAUGUAUGGGCCGUGUGUGUGUGUGCGCGCGCGCUGGGGGGCUAUGUGGCACAAUGGCCUUAGGUAGAGUUCCCCAAGGUGGACCCAAAGAUGGUUUACAGAGGCUCUUUCUGGAGGAGGAUGGGGCACAAGGUUUAUGCCAAGCCAUUUCUCGUCAGCGACUGAUAUUUCUCUGCCUGCUGCAGGCUCGGCUGUGGGUCCAGCUAAUGAGGGAGCUCCGCAAUGGAGUCAAGCUCAAGAAGGUCCAGGAGAAGCAGUUCAACCCCUUGCCCACUGAGUACCAGCUGACGCCCUUUGAGAUGCUGAUGCAGGACAUCCGGGCCCGCAACUAUAAGCUCCGCAAGGUCAUGGUGAGUGAGGUGGGUGGGUAGGUGUCCCUGGUUAUUUUGAUCACUGCAGCAAUAGGGCCCCUUUUUCUUUUCCUUUUUAUCUCUACCCCUGCCUACACCUCCCAAAGCCUGGUCCUGCUGGACUGUGUAAAGUGACAGGGAAAUGCCCUGGAAAGAGUGGGAUAACACUUGCUUUGACAUCAGUGCCAUCUAACCUCCCCACAAACAAAUCAGAAUGAAUGCUCAAUAAACAGGUUGUUCGGAAGCACCUUCCCAGUGUGUGGCUCCUGGGAGUCAGCAGCUAACUGGCUCUGCCCCCUGAGCCACCUGUUUUGGUUCCCCCUGAUGGACCCACUAACAGGGAGAAUUCCCACAAGCCUCAAGUCUGCCUAUGCCUGGGCCAUAGACCGAGUCCAUCCAUCAUGCUCGGAAAUAUUUCCAGAGACCCUCUUGGGAGGGAGCUAAAACUGGUAGGAUCACACAUGUAAGCGGUUUACACUUUCAAAGCUUCUUAAGGCAUUCACCAAAGGCAAAACAGGGGACUGGACAGGUGCUGGGAAAGAGGGACACUUGGAUAGCACCCAGCUGCUAAUUCUUCUUCUUUGGGGCAUCUGCCAGGUGGACGGCGACAUUCCUCCCAAGGUGAAGAAGGAUGCGCAUGAGCUUAUCCUUGACUUCAUAAGAUCUCGGCCGCCCCUGAGACAGGUAGGUGGAAAAGGUUAUUCUUAGGAAGAAGUCCCCUGCCCCCAGUUUUGGGUUGGCCCUGUAGCCUGGCAGGUGUUUGCUUUUGGAUCCGGGGAACCAAACAUUAUGAACUUAAGAGUCUGCUGAUUCCCUAGCCUAGCAGAUUGGCAGGGGACUCUCCCGGUUAUUUACCCGCUGUUUUGCAAUCUCCAUCUAAUUUGUGGGUGGUUCAACUAUUGGGAAACCCUUUGAGAACCUCAUGCCAAUAAGGCCACCUAAGGUGUAGCUACACAGCAUCUGCAAGAGAGGAAUGGGCAUCUUAAGCCGCACUCUGGGUCCCUCCACUGUUUUCUUCUUAGGGGGACUGUGCUGUGCAGGGAAAGAGGAUCCUCCUGUGAAACUCUAUUUACUUUUUUCUUGCCACUGCUGUGUGACUGCCACUGGCAAAAUCACAAGGUGUCUCAGGUUGGGCAGGCAAAUAAAUGCCUGUGGGAAUGGGCAGACCUUGCCCACUGGCCAACAGUUUGCCACCUCUGUCUCAACUGGCUGUGCCAGGGCUUGAUCCUGGGGCUCUUCUGUAAUCUGAGAGCAUGUGCCCUGCAACUUGACCAAUGGGGGUUAUACUUGGACAUGUGGAACUUCUUGUGCAGUUGCUGUAUCUUGGUCACUCUGUCACCUUAGUUUUGUGGGAUCAACGUGCCUUAGGGAUCCUUAAUAAGGAAGGUGGCGAUUAACUAUAUAGCCCUUCUGAAAAUGAAAAACUGCCCUCCCAACCUGGCUGCAGGCUUCAGAACGGAGGCUGCGCCCCAUUCCUCAGAAACAGAGGACGCUCCAUGAGAAAAUCCUGGAGGAGAUCAAGCAGGAAAGGAAGCUCCGACCUGUGGCAUCCCGGCACCAGAAUCAGAAAGGUAAGCCUGCGAUGAUGAGAAAGGCUAAGGGGAAUCCUUAAUGCUAGUGUGCAACCUCUUCAUCAGUAAGUAGAUGGGGCCAUUUGGGCCAUAUUUGUAUAAGGUAUUUGUAUGCCACUAUCAUUCACAUUUUGAUGCUGGGUCCAGAAAUUACAUGGGGAAUGGGAGGGGCAAAAGUUGGGACCUAAGUUAUUGGGUCCAGUGGGAAACUCUGAACUCACAGUGCAAAUCUCAGAAAUGUCAAGGUGAUCAAAAAACCUGGAACAACUGCAGAGAUUCUGUUUUGUGGAACCAGCUGUUAAGGGGACUGGUGGAAGAUGGCUUUGAAGCUGUCUGAGUGUCUUGGAUCAGCCAAAACAUACGGAGGGCACCAGGUUAGGGAAGCAGAGUUAGUCACACAAAACACUCUCCAAUGAGAGGAGAAAUGUCAGUCAUGAGCCCAGUGUAUUCCAAGGGUGGAACUCAGUCCUGCUCAGAGUCAUGAACAUGACUAAGUAAUUUCAAUAGGUUAUGUAGUAUUCUAAAUAGCAUUUGGUUAAAUACAACUCCAAAUAGGUUUUUUUUAAUAAAAAGGAGAAGCAAUGUCAAAUAUUCAGUAUGUCCAGCAAUUUAUAGAUAGAAAGGGGCUGUAUCCAAUGUUCGUCCUACUCAUUGAAAGUAAUGGACAUUUUAAAGAUGUUUCAUCACUUGCUGUUUUCCACCCUGGGCUUCUUUGGGAGGAGAGGUGGGAUAUAAGUAAAUUGGGCACGUUAAUUUCAGUGGGUCUUCUCUGAAUAGGAUUUAGGUGGCCACAACUCUAGAAGUUGUUGUGCUCCUACUGGGCCCUCAUGGUGCUGCCAUCCUUGUUCUUCUCCUCUUCCAGGGUUUGGCUCCCUCCCCUGCAUCCUGAAUGCCUGCUCCAGCAAUGUGACCUCAACUUCCUGCAUCAACCUCUCAGAUGUCUCCGACGCCAAUGCCCUGCCCCAGCGCCAGAGGCCGAGGGUCUUGCUGAAGGCUCCCACGCUGGCAGAGAUGGAGGAGAUGUUGACCUCAGAGGUGAGAACCAAGCUUUUUGCCUCUCUUGACACCUUCAGGAAGAAGAGUUCUUUAGCCUGUAGGAACUGGUGCUGUGCUGCAAUGGAGACACUUUGCCACCGUAUUGCUCCUUGGUCCCAGCCACCAUGUUCUACUGCACAUGGCGCCCGGAGGUGUCUGGAAAUGGUGGGGAUGCACUUUGUGGUGGUGCAUGUGGAAUUAGCCUUCAACUGCAUUGCCUGAUGUUACCAGUUGGCACUAGGGAUGGAGGAUAAAUUAGAUUUUGUUCGCAUUUUAACAAGAAGUUACCUAAUGCACACUCCCGGAACCGAAAUAAUCACCCUUUUAAAUUUGUACUGCUACAAAUUUUGCAAUGCAGUUCUCCAGCCAAACAGUCAUGCAUAUAUGAAAGGGAAGUGAGCAUUGCAAUACAUAACAUACAAAAUGCAUUAUGUUAGAGAAAAUUGCUUGCAAAAGUGUACAUAUUAGUCAAAAUGGCAUACGAAAGGAAAGUCACACUGAAAUGCUGAUUUUUCAAGAACAUUAAAAAUAUAUAUAAUUUAAAAACCACAAACUGCUGCAUAAAUGUGGAAAAAUUAGAAAACUGAAAUGGGCAGAUUCACCCAUCUCUGCCAGUCUCUGGAAUUACAAACUUCAGAGUGUUGUUGUUCUCAUGUCCUUCUUGUGGGCUUCUCAUUUGAUUGGGUGCUGUAAGAGCAGAUACUGGAAUAGAUGCCAUGCCCCCCCAGCCUGACCCAGCUGCUGCAGAGAUGUUCUUGGGCUCAAAAGCCAUUCCCCCAAGUGUGACCUCUUGCAUUGAUGAAUAUACCUAUUCCUGCUCCCUUUUCUCUGCAGGAGGAAGACUCUCCAAGCUCUGAGGCUGUACAGGAACCAGGUCCACUGAUGCCCCUGAAGCGUGACCGCUCCUUCUCGGAGCAAGACUUGGCCCAGUUUCAGAGCGAAAGCAGUGGUGGCCAGCCUGACUCAGAGUAUUUGGGACCCAGCGGGUCUGAACCGAGACCCCGCUCAGGUACCAAGAGCCCUGCAUGGACCAGCAUGGAAAAUACGGGCAAGUGCACUCCUCACCGCCACCCCUGCUUUCCAACUCCACCCAAGCCUUUUUUCCUAACUCUCCACACACUGACACUCUGGUUCUAAGUUGGUUAAAUGCAUGGUGUGUUUGCAACCUAAGGGACCCAGCAGCUCUGCACUAAAAUAGUGUGAGUCCUUCACUGACCAGUGUGGAGGAAACGGGCAAGUCUGUCUGUCUCUCAAUGUGCACAUAUACCAAGAUGGCACUGACUCUGGUCUUGUUGGCAUUCUGUCUUCGUCCUCCAGGUUCAGUUCCAGCCAGCUACCAGCAGGCUCCCUGUGGUGCCAGUCCUUUCCCCCCCAAGCAUGGCGUCCUCAGCUCUGUGGACGAGAAGUCAGAGGCUGGUUCCAGUACUGCCCCAGAUGUCAACCUGAAAUAUUUGUGGCUGGUAAGUAUCUGGUAUGAAUCAAACUCUCAUGGAGUGUGGUGUUCCUGUGCACUGGGUAAACUCCCAGCCUCUUGAUGUGAGGCUAGGCAGGGAAGGAGCAUCCGUUCCCUGUCCCGGUCUUAGUCUGGCAUGCCCCAAACGUGCAGUAAGCUGAGAUGUUGUCACAACCUGGAAGAAAACUUGCAUAGAAUGAAUGGCAUGGGUGGAAGGGAGGGAGAACUGCUAGGCACCUGUAAGGUUUGGAGCAUGGGCCCAGAGACUCAGAUUUGCCUAAAAUACACUUAUGCUAAUUUAUAUGUAUAGAUAUAGAUUUACAAGUUAAAUAUGUCACAAAAGGCAAACCAGACAUUAUCUCUGCUCCAGAUCGCUCCAAAUAUGUUCUUCCUUUUCCUCCCACCCCAGACAGUCCCAAAUUGGUUCCUCUUAAAUUCAUCUGCCUUUAAUUAAUUUCCUUAUGGACAAUGCUCCAGAUAGUCCCCUUCAUUUAGUUUAUUCAUUAGCCCCAAAACAUGGAGAGAUAAAAUCAUCUUAAAUAAAUUAAUGUAUUCCUCCAAUUAAUAUUACACCACCAAAAUGCUGUGGCACUCAGGAAAAAGGUUUGGGGCCUGAGCCCCUUUCCUCCACAGCCUUAUCAACACCCCGGUGGGUGGCCUGGAAACUAUGGGGCAUGGGAAGAUCUGUCUGUUUCAGUUUUCUCAGGUUCCCGUUUUUUCAAUCUGUUGGAAACAACUUAAAGAACAGCGUAAUAUACUUAGAGCCACCCCUGAUUUAAGGGCUAUUCCACUGAAAUAAUAGGUGCAUAUCCAAGUUUUGCUCUCCUGUUAAAAAGGAGAUAGCAGGGGAAGAAAGACUUGGGAGAGUUGCUGCUGGUCAGAGUGAACAAUACUGGGCUAGUUGGACCAACAGCCUGGUGGUCAAAGGUGGCUCCUAUGUCCUUCUGUUCUCUCCUCUCUCCAGCAGGAGUUCAGCCACCCUGUGGAGAGCCUGGCACUCACUGUGGAGGAGAUGAUCAAUGUGCGGCGGGUGUUGGUGAAAGCAGAGAUGGAGAAGUUUUUGCAGAGCAAGGAGCUGUACAGCAGCCUGAAGAAAGGGAAGGUGAGAGUUGAAGGAUGCAGGAUGGGGUGUCUGUGUGUGUUGCUGAGCAGGGGCCUCUUGCAUUGAACAAUAGUCAGCUUGGAAGCUCAAGUGUUUCCUUUUCCCCUCCCCUCUCACCACUCAGAUCUGCUGCUGCUGCAAAACCAAGUUUGCUCUGUUUUCCUGGCCCCCAACUUGCCUGUUCUGCAAGAGGUGAGCAAGCUCUGUUUGUGUGGUCUAGGCCCGGGAGUGUUGUUGGUUGAUGGCUGCUGAAGGGGCUCCUUUCUUUGAUCUGAUGUUGGUUUCCCCUUUUUGGUUUUAGGUCUGUCUGCAGCUCCUGUAGUCUAAAGGUAAGAGGCUCUUGGCUCUGCCCAUGACAUGAAUAUGCCCCUUGGUGCAAGAGCAAAAGGUGAGCCCACUUGUGGCUCACAAGAUGGUUUUCUCCCAUCUUCUGAAGAUCUACACCAGAUAAGGGCUAUUCAGGUGUCAUUGGACUCCAACUCCCAUCAGCCCCAGCCAAUAUUGUCCAUGGCUAAAAAUGAAGGGAGCUGUAGAUUGAAAACAGGUCCCCUAUCCCUGACCUACAAUAAACAUCUCCUUCCCAAUACAGUGGGAUACAGUGCAGGCCCUUGCUGUGGUGAUGACUCCCUGUCAUGGCAGUGAUGUCCAGUGCUCCUGCUCUUCACCUUUGCUGAGAACCUUUCUUUCUUAUAUCCUCCUAGAUCAAGAUGCCUUCAAAGAAGCUUGCCCAUAUCCCUGUCUAUGCCCUGGGCUUUGAGACCCUUCCAGGCUCGUUGGGUACAAGGGCACCUCCAUUCCGGAGGAGGGAGGCUUUCCAGUAAGUAGGACCCCCACACACUCUCUGCAUCUGUCUCCCCCACCCUCAGUUCAUUCAUGAAGGCACUGUGCUCUGUAUGAUUCCUGGUGGAGUUAAGGGCCUUAAAUAGAACAGUGCAACGUUUUUCCUACCCCCGUUCCUCUGUCAUCCAGGAUUGGAGACAACAGGCCUUACUUCAUUUCAAAUGCUUAGGGGGAGAAAUUUGCCAUUGCAAAUUUUAUGUGGUCUUAGCCAGGUCCAAGAAGGAUAUGAGGUGGCAAAGUUUCUCCCAGGGCACUUGUGUGCUCACAAUUCUAUGAAUACACCACAAAAGACUGGAUUAGUUUUCUUUUAAAUAAGUCUUCUACUAUUUAUGGGGGUAAGCUUGUUUGCAGAGGUCUUACUUGAGCUACAGGGGGCUGAGAGUUGAUACAGCUGAGCAGCAGAGCUCUGUGUAGAGUGGAGCUGGUACCAUCACUCUGUCUUCUUGAAAUCAUGCAGACAUUUGAAAGCUGAGGAGGCUGGGGUUGUUUGCAAGAUGGGGUUCAGGUGGCUUUAGAAAUGAGUUACUACUACUGCUAUUAAUGGACUGAACUAAAUAGUUGCACUAGUGGGAGCCAGCACAGAGAGUCUCACUAGUGCAACUGGGCAUUCCUUCCAUGCUCCUCCCCCACAAAUUAGCUAUGGGGAGUUGAAAGAACCACCAGAAUAGUGCAUGAUGGGAGGAGAGCAGAGUUCAUUCCACCAUGAAAUUGGAAAUGCUUACGCCAAUGGAACUAUUGCCUUAGCACAAAUCCACCUAAUAACAAUUGUCAUCAAUAUUAUCACCAUCACUCACCUUUCCUCCAGGGAACUCAAACUGGGUCACUAUAUGGCUCUCCCCCUCCCAUUUUAUCCUCACAAAUAACCCUGUGAGGUAGACUAGGCUGAGAGUUAGGCUAGGCAGUGCACUUCAUGCCUGAGUGGGGAUUUGAACCCUUAUCCUGCCUGCCAGCCCAGUGUUCUAGCCGCUACAUCGUCAACGUCUUCCUAGCUGAGCUAGGGGGCUGUCAGUAACCAGGCUUAGUUGUCUUUCUUGGGGCGUUUGUGACGGAUCCCCCUCUGCCCCCACCCCACUUGCCUUUCCAGCUCCUUGCAGGGCACGCGCUGGCGCAGCGUGGAGGAGGAAUUCCCGUACAUCUAUGCGCAUGGCUCUGUGCUCAAGGAUGUUUGCAGCGACUGUUCCGGGUUCGUCACGGAUGUCGUCAGCUCCAGCCGCAAGAGCAUGGACAUCCUGAACACCACCCCGUGCAGGAGCCGCAAGACCCAGUCCCUUUACAUCCCUUCCAGUUAAAUGACCCACCUCUGCUGCUGGUCUCCUCCACAAGCCCCCUGCCCUCUGCACCCAACCUUCAUUCUUUGAUCCUCUGUCUUUCCCAGCCCCCAGCAAGGAGGAUGCAGGUGCUCUCUGGCCAAGGAAGCUUCAGCUGGCUUUGUCUGGACUUGUUGCCUCCUGGCUUCCUUGCUUCUCUGUCCAGCCCAUCUCCUCCUUUCCCUCCAUCCCAGCCUCCCAUGAACAUCCCUUGCCUGGCCUGCGUGCGUGUGUACAUAUAUACAUAACCUUAUAGAGACACUAUAUUUAUAUCUGUCGAUCAGCUGCUGUGGUCCAUGGGCUACGUUUGGUCUGGGAAUGCCCCUUCUUAGCAAACGAGGACUCUGCUGAAGUCUUCCCACCAACCCACCUUUUUUGGAUUGUAAGAAAGCCAGAUUUGGGGCACGAUAAUUCCAGAGUGGUUGGAAGCCUGGCCAUCUAAGUUGCUGCAAAUGCAACCUUGAAAUCCCAGAUGCAGCCACCCCAGAGGAUGACCUUGUUCCCUUGAGGGCUCUGCCCUUUCAGUCAUACUAGCAAGAGAAGCUCUCUCUGAGAUGUCUUACCUGUGCAGCUUUUAGUCUUAUGGGAAGCAGGCCCAUUGUGCCAUGACCUGUCUGCUGCUUUCCAAUAUCUUCCUCCAAGCUGUUUCUCCCCCCCCCCCCCGCCCUUCUCGGUGAUGUCUUGAUUAUCUGCCCCCUCCCAGCACCAAGCAGCAGGAGGUGCUUUUUAAAAUGUGUUCAGACUAUCAUUGUCUGUUUUCUAAUCCCUGGUUUUUUGGGGCUCCUUGGGUUUAGGAGGCAAGGGGUAAUUUUUGUAAUCAUUUAGACAAAGGCUGAACAUUUCCCACACAGUGGGUUUUGUGGGGCUGCCAGAACUACAGUUGGGGGGUUGCAUGGCUGCUAGGGAUGAGCCAGGCACCGACGAGAGUAUCAGCUGUGUAUGGCAGGAUCCUGCUGGCAAUGUCUCCUUGUGCAGAACAGGACUCUGGCUCUCCAAAGGCUGAUAAGAUGAGCAGUCUGUUUCCACAUGUCCCAUUCCCCCACUCCAUUCAGGAUUGCCUUGAAAAUAGAAAACAAAGGUGCACAAAGGAGCUCUCCCUGUGAGGACAGAAUGAAAGCCAGAUCCAGCCCAUGCCAGGCCUGGGCUAGGGUGAGUCUCACCGCUGCCCUUAAGAAAAUUUGGAGAGAGGAGAUUGGGAUAUGCAGGGCUGCCCCUGAGUCUUUCAACCACCUUCCCUGUCAAGCCUGUUGCUGUGGUGGCCAGCACAUGUAAAUUGGCUGUGCCAUGGCAUCCUGAGCUCAUCUUCCCUUAUUAGCUAAUUUCCAAACCCUGGAAAUACCUCAAAAACAGAGGCUGUAAAUGCAAAAUCCACAGCCCUAAUAUGCCAAAUUAGCACAUCAGCAAUAUACAUUCAAAGCACUAUGAUACCACUUUAAAUAGUCUUGGCUUCCCCCAAGGAAUCCUGGGGCAUGUAGUUUGUUAAGUGUACUUAAGAUUUCUGAAGAGACUCCUAUUCCCCUCACAGAGCCACAAUUCCCAGCAUAAACAAUCAAUCCUUUGUAGGAAAUUCUGGGAACUGUAGCUGGGGGGGGGGGGGAAUACAGGUCGUCAGCACCCUUGACAAACUACACUUCCCAGGGUCCUUUAAGAGAAGCCAUAAUUGUUUAAAGCGGUAUGAUACUGUUUCAUAUGUAUAGUGCAGAUGGGGCCUGAGACUACUGAGUGUAGCUAGUGGAAUGGGGAGUGGAUCAAUUUAUCUUUGACAGGUGAAUAGAAAAGAGUCUUGCUUCUCCUACCCUUUUGUCUUUUCCCUGGAUUGGUUUUAUUCAACCUGGAAGGCAGCACUUCUGCCGUCUCUGGUCUGCUUAUUUCUGCCAGGGAUUAUGACAGAUCUGCCUUUGAAUGUUCAAGUGUGAGACCAGGCUGGGAUAAGCAAAAUUCCUCGCUAGCAAUGGCAGCCCAGUCUUCUUCCACCAGUGAACCAUUCAGUCUUCCGAGCAGCAAAGACAGCCAAUACCCUGUGGCUCCCUAAGAAUGCAAUUUAUUAUGGUAUAAGCCAAAGGUAGACAACAUGGUGUCCUCUGGGAGUGGUGGACCACAACUCCCAUCAGCCCUAUCCAGCAUGGCUAAUGGACAGAAAUGAUGAGAACUAUAGUCUACCACAUAUGAAAGGCACCCCAACAUACGCUUUCAUGGACUAGUGGACCACUGCAUCUGACAAAGUGGAUUUCCAGUCCCCAAAAGCUGAUGCCAUAAUGAAUGAAGUCUUUAAAGUGCCACAGGACACUAUUUUUUAUUUUAUUUUUUUGGUUAUAUUUAGCCUUGUAGCUCUGGGCUUUAUUCUGUGGCAUGGACCAUGGGCUGCAAGCUGCCAGCCUGGUGUUGCCCAUUUGUCCUGUUGAGAAAGUGGGCUUCAGCGCUGCCACUUGGGUUUGGCAAGAGCCUCCAUGGCUCCAUUCCUGCAUGUCGCCUACCCACAGUGGCUCUGCUGCUCAGGAUGUCAACUGGCCACUUAAGACAACCUUGGACCACUUCUGUGGCUCAGAACUAGCACCAUCUCCUGCCAAGCCUGCACACAGUCUCAAAAGCUGUACACUCUCUCCCCCCCUUCCUCUUCCUGCCUCAGGGGACGUAACUGCUUCCUAAAAUGCCACUAGUUUUGUGUAUAGCACCAUAGAGCUCCACAUUUUGUAUCUUGCCAAUACUUGCAAAUGCCAAAUAUACAGUUCAUGCAGUCGGUGCUUUAUAGUGGAACACACCGUGUACCUGCAGGUGCACAGCUGGAUGUGCAAAUACCUACUUGUACAACCAGUCAGUUAUGGGGUGAGGAUUAAGUGCUUGUCAAUUUGCACAUGAUGCAAGUGGAAAAAGCAAGGACUGAGUUACACAGGGGAUUGAGAGAGGACAUUGUAGAAACAAAUCAGGUGGAGUGUUAUGAGGGUCAAAGAGGAAGCCAGGUGUUUGCAGGUGAGUGCUCAAGCCUGUUUUUCCUCGGUGCUGAGAAAGGAAGGUAAUCCAGCUAUAGGAACCGCUAGUGCUUUUCACUGCCACUGCUACUUCUAUUGCUGUUUGUGCCAAUCUGCUUGCUUGGAGUCUUGCCUUGGCUGCAUCGUGCUGGCUGCUGCCUCUGGAGUUCAACAUGCCUUAUCACCCUGCUCACCUUCUUUGCAAUAAUUCAUUGCACUCUGUGUCAAAAGGGGUGUGUGUGCUCCCUACUUUUUCUUGUAUGUUCUGCCUGCACUUACUCUCCCCCUCAACCAAUGUUUUAUACGCAGCCUGUAUUGUAA